UCUCUCUCUCUCUCUCUCCCUAGAACAGGCCAAACAGGUUACCCCCGUGAUGUGAAGAAUCACAGGGCCUUCCCAGAUGCCUACCCUUAUCUUCACCCUCAACCUCACGGUCCUCUCCCUAUAUAUACACAAUGUAUUCAUACCACCAACGUUGUGCAAAUCCUCCUCUACCUUUGCUUCUUCCCCCUUCCGCAAACGCCCUUCUCUUUCCUCGGUAAUUACCGCUGGACCAUUCUGGUUAUGAUAGCUGCCGUCGACCGGGAACCUGAGAGCCCCCUCUCCUCCCCUGCUCUCGGCUUCCCCCGCCCCAGGUUCUUCCGUUACCGCCGGUUGAGGUUGCCCGUAGUGUAAUCGAUCCCCUUAAUCCGAAUUGAUUAGAACUUAAGGCUUGGUGUAAUAUAUAAUUUAAAGAUAAUAUAUACGAGAUGCCGAAUUCGAAGAGUCAGAGGAGGGGGACGGAGGAGAAGGGCAGGAGGGGGAAGAUGAUGGGGGAGAGAGCGUCGUCGUUCCACGGAAGCAGUCCGGGGCCGGCGAUGGUGGAGCGGGUUAUUAUCAGGCCGAGGACGGUGCCGGACUUGCUUGCGGGCGGGAGGAGAAUGGGCGGUGUGGCGGCGACGGAGGAGCAGCGGCCGAGGCUGACGAAGUUGCUGCUCAACGUGACGAUUCAGAGGAGCCUCGGUGCCGUGCAGGUGGUGAUGUCGCCGGAAUCUGCUGUUGGUGAUUUGAUCGCGGCCGCGCUACGGCAGUAUGUGAAGGAAGGACGGCGGCCGAUCUUGCCGGCUACGGAUCCGUCUGGAUUUGAUCUCCAUUAUUCCCAAUUUAGCUUAGAAAGUUUAGAUCGGGAGGAGCAGCUGACGGCGCUUGGGUCAAGGAACUUUUUCCUGUGCCCGAAAAAGCCCUCGCCCGCCGCCGCAAGUGGUGGAGGUGGCGACGGCGUGACUGCGGCGACGACCGUGUCCUGUUCUGAAGAAGCUGAGAAGGCCAACAAGGGUGGACUUCCUUGGCUCAAGUUCUUGUCAUUCUGAAAGAGUCUUUGGCUUCGAUCUCAGCCUAUGUUUCAUUUAUUAGUUAUUUUUCCCUUGUUGGGAUCCGAUGUCUUGUGAAUAUGUUAGGUUUGAAAUCAGUUUGUACUAUUUGUGAGGUUGGGGCGAUGUUAAUUAUGUCCUCCAUAUAUUUGUGAGGUUAGGGCGAUGUCAAUUAUGUCCUCCAUAUUAAGGAAUAAGGAUCAUUUUCCAGCUUUCAACUUUCAAUUUCAUUAAAAAAAAACUUGCAAUAAUAUUUAUGCAAUGCAGAAUUUUGCAAA